AAUGCAGCACCACUGGUCCCAUCUUGGUCUGAGAGAGAAAGGAGAGGAAAGCAACCCGUCCAUAUUACAGCUGCUUUGUCAGCACUUUUCACUGUGAUGGAACCUCCUGGUGGGGGAGAUGAACGGCAGAGGCAGGCAGAGCGUCUUCGGCGGGAGGAGGCAUAUUAUCACUUCAUCAAUGAAUUGAGUGAAGAGGAGUAUCGCUUAAUGAGAGAUGGCAACCUGCUAGGCACACCUGGGGAAGUGACUGCUGAAGAGCUGCGGCAGCGUCUUGAUGGAGCAAAAGAGCGUGUUUCCUCUCAGCCUCGUACUGAGCAACGCUCACAGACUGCAGAUUCUGGGGAACAGCAGAGCAGUAGUGGUGAGGGAGAAGAGCGAGGGGCUGUAGGUCGACGAGGGGCAGGAGGCACAGAGCCUGGAACAGAAACAUCUAAUGGUGACUCAUUGCUGGAGUGGCUGAACACUUUCAGACGUACUGGUAAUGCUACUCGCAGUGGACAGAGUGGCAACCAGACAUGGCGUGCUGUCAGUCGGACCAACCCCAACAGUGGAGAAUUCCGCUUUAGCCUGGAGAUCAACAUCAACCAUGAUCAGCCAGAACCAGGGGAACAUAAUGACACUGCAGACACUGCAGAGCUGCCUGUGACUGCCCCAAAUACAACCUCACCCUCUCUACAUACUGCUUCCUCCUUCACCAACCCUCGUCCUUCAGCCAUUUCAAGGCCAGCUCCAUACCCUUCUUCUCGUCCUGCCCUCAGUAGAAGGAUGCAGACACGGCGUACACGCACCAGUACUGCCACUCUUUCUAUGAGCCCCCCUGCACUUCCUGCACCAGAGCCACUGCAAGCUGCUGCCCAGAGAAGAGGUGGCACUUUGCACUCUUUAGCACCACCCUCCACUGUUCCUAACCUUCCUCUGGAACAAACUACACCAUCACAACAUCAAGCCCUCAAUUCAGAAGCAGAGCAGGGACGUGAUAAUAUAGCUGCUUCUAUAGACUGUCCCCGUGUAUCACCUCAGUCUGGGUCUCAGGCACCAGCUGUAGGACAUGAAUCACGUGGCAGUCGGACUCGAUCGCGUGGUCGUGCACGUAGGGCUGCUGCAGGGGGUGGGGUUUCAUCUCGCUUGUCCAGGCGAAGCCGUUCUCCCUUGCACAGAAUACCUAUCACUUCCACUCCACCAUCCAGCAGUGGUGGCAGUGGCUCUAGCAUCAACACUGUUGAGCCAAGCAAUGGCACAAGCUCUGUUUCCAUGGAGACGGGAGCUGCUGUGGCAGAACCUGCAGCUCUAACAGAGCCAGCUGUAGAGUCAGGAGAACGUGAUGGUGAAUCACACGUUGUAGGAGCAGGAAGUUCAGCAGCGCGACGGCACCCAACUAUCAUGUUGGACCUGCAGGUGAGAAGGAUUCGACCCGGUGAAAACCGUGAUCGGGACAGCAUUGCCAGCAGAACACGAUCACGUGCGCGGGUUGCUGAGAACACUGUCACAUUUGAAAGUGAUAGUGGUGGAUUUAGACGUACCAUUUCCCGCUCUGAGCGCGCUGGGAUCCGCACCUAUGUGAGCACUAUCCGGAUUCCACUGAGGCGCAUCAGUGAGACAGGGCUGGGGGAACCAAACUCCACUGCACUGCGUUCCAUCUUGCGCCAGAUUAUGACUGGUUUUGGGGAGCUGAGCUCCCUAAUGGAGACUGAGGCUGAUUCUGGAACUAUUGCACCUAGUCAUGCAGAUGCUAUUGGCACAAAUAGUAACGCUACCCCAGCCAGUCGUCUGCAUUCAAAUGAGAGUAUAGUUGGCCAGGUUGGCACAGGUGGGGUAAAUCAAGAGAGGGUGGGGCUGGUUGGAGGUGAGGAGGACCAGGGUGGGCAGGCCAGACUCGGAGGAGGAGGAGUAGUGAGCACCACAGAAGCACGGGCCGCCAGCAGAGACACCAACAACCUGGUAGAAAACGGUACUCUACCCAUCCUGCGGCUGGCACAUUUCUUCCUACUUAAUGAUGAAGAGGAUGACGAACACCCCCGGGGCCUGACCAAAGAGCAGAUUGACAAUCUAUCCACUCGUACCUAUGGUCAGGCCAGUCUGGAGGGGGAGGUGGGUCGAGCUUGCAGCGUCUGCAUCAAUGAGUACGCCCAAGGCAACAAGCUGCGCCGCCUCCCCUGUUCUCAUGAAUUCCACAUCCACUGCAUCGAUCGCUGGCUCUCUGAAAACAACACCUGCCCCAUUUGCAGGCAGCCCAUACUCACGGUGCAUCAUGACUGAAUAAGGAGCUCACAAAAACAACUGUCAUGUUCCUUGCUGGCUGAGCUGAGCAGACGCAAGUUGGCUUUGCAUGUAGAUAGGGCUUUUAUGGUUUAAUUUCUUUGAAUGUCCGCUGUGUUGAAGUUGAAGAAGGUUAAACCAAAAGUGCGGGGAAAAAGAGAAACUAUAAAUGCAGAGAAUUUACAAAACUUUAUUUUUUUAGACUCCUUGUUUUCAGCAACUUAUUGUUUUAUUUUCUUCCUCCGCUGACAUGUUUCGCUGGUCUCUUAUGUCAGAGGCCCAUGUCAAUGGAUGGCAUUAAAGCUUAAGGAGCUCUCAUAGCUGCUGCUGACUAGUCUCACUUUAACUCGCUAAUGUCUAACAUUUGUGACGUCUGUAUCACAACUAGACUACAUGAAUCACUUCUACACCUGAUUUAUUCAAUAUAAACUGUAAAUAAUUCACCGGUGCUUGUGUUUAAAGGUUUUGAAGCUCCUCCCACCUGCCAUCUCUUUAGAAUGGAAACCGUUUUUUAAAAACAUGAACCAUUUUAAUGCUUCAACAUCCAUUUUUAAAGUGUCCCAUUACAGUUGGUUGGAAAAUUUAUGGUUUAGCGUAAUGUUUAUGAGCUAUGUAUUUAAUUUUGAAAUUAGUUUUAUUCUGCACAUCUGAAUAUUAUUAUUUUAGGCCUUCUGCAUAAGCCUGUCCCAUGUAAAGGCAAUACAGAAUUCAACCUUUCCAGUAACUAGCCACUUUAAUAUCAUUUACAUUAUCCAUGUGAACAACAUAAUUCAAGUGAAAUACAAACGGCAUGUGAUAAUCAGGAGUUCAGAUUUGUAAUUUAGAAUGAGUUGUGCAAUACAGAGAGAAGACAGUAUUGUUUGUUGUUUACAUUGUAAUGCCUGAUUGUCAUCUCCCCUUAAAAACAGUCUUGUAAACCCUGAAA